UUCCAUUCGGACUACUGUGGGUUUGCAGGGGCUAAAAGAAUUUUCUUAUCCAUCUCUAUUGUACCAAUUGUCUAUAAAAAUUAAUGUGUGAGGGAAGCUCCGUCUUUGCAUGAGGGCUAUCAAAUUGUCAAAUCAUUUUCAUGAAAGAGUUCAAUCAGAAAAAUGAAUGACACUGAAGAUUUCCAGGAGGGCAAGAGUGGAAAAAAAGACCAAACAGACGGCACAGGGAUGAGCCUGAACAGCAAGAAGGGAGUGAGAGUGACGGGAAGAUAUGUGCCUUCUGUAGAUUGGAGCAGCAGUGGAGGAGGUCCAUCCAUCAUCCACUCCCCUUCCAGGACCUCAACUGGUCUUCUGCCUCACAGGCUAUCAGAGCGAGGAGGUGAUCACAGGAUGAAUGAACCCUCCGUUGGGGAGGACUGGACAAAGGAACCUGAUGUUGCCAGACAAACCAUGCAGGAGCUGAAGACCAGGCUGAGAGACAGUCCUCUGCUAAGUAUCCAGGUACAAGAUGAGGGGAAGCCAGGGAUUCCUUAUACGUACUUCCGUGGGAGCAGCAGCAGGGGUGGAGGAGAUGGUGGUGGGAGGCCCAGUGGAUGGCAGGAACAUGGGAACCCCCAAAGAGUGCUCAGCACAUUCAAACCCUACUCUGUAGCUUCCAGAAGGGAGAGCACAUCUAUUCAGGUGACUCCCAGUAUGGAUUCAUCCAGCUCAUUCAGGUCUAAUGGCAACACAAAUAGGCAGCCAGGAGUCAGUGCACCCUCAUAUGCAAGUGGUGGAUCCUGGGAGGAGACUGGAACUUCUCAUACAGAUAACAGGAACCAGACAGUCGAGUAUUCUGGUAACUACAGGUUCACUGCAGCCAUGCAGCAGAUCAAGCAGCAGAUCGCCCGAGAGAACACCACCUUUGUCCGCUUUGAGGCCACCGAUCUCCACGGGGUGUCCAGGUCCAAGACAGUGCCAGUCCGCUUCUUCCAUGAGAAAGCCGUAUAUGGAGUUCCAAUGCCGAGAAGUUACUUGGAGCUAACACUGAGCCCUAAAAGCAAUGAAGUGGACAAUGUCAACACCGCAAACUUCAGCAGUGAUAUCCUUUUGAUUCCUGACCUUUCCACCUUCAGGGUGCUACCAUGGGCAGAGCAAACAGCCCGGGUCAUCUGUGACCCCUGCACAGUGACAGGAAGCCCUCUUCGCACUUCGCCACGCCUCAUUGCCAAGCAGCUCCUCGGCCAGCUCCAAAAUUUGGGAUUCUCCCUGCAUUCCUCCUUCACCUAUGAAUGCUGUGUCCUGGGAACGCCGGACCGGAUCGGACCAAAGAUGCUCCUGUUCCCCGCUACCACCCUGCUAAGCAACCACGACCUGCCUUUCUUCCAGCAACUGGUGGACAACAUGUACUGCAUGGGUGCAGACAUAGAUAGCAUUUCUUCUGCCAGCGGGCCCGGCCAGAUGGAGAUCAAUCUGCGACCAGAAUUUGGGAUCGCGGCUGCAGAUAGUGCUUUCACCUUCCGCACUGGCAUCAAAGAAAUGGCUCGUAAACACAGCUACAUUGCCAGCUUCUUUACUGAUGACGGCCUCUACAAUGCCGGGGUGCUCUCCCAUAGUUUGUGGGAUGCUAAUGGGCAACGUAGCCUCUUCCACAGUGGAGAAAAGGUAGGCGAGCUGUCUGAGAUUGGCAGAAAAUGGCUGGCUGGGCUACUCACCCACUCUGCUGCUCUGAGCUGCCUGAUGUCACCUGGCCUCGGUUGCCGAAGUCACAUUGCCAAGACAAUCAAAGACCCCAAACAGAUGCUGUACGCCACCUGUGGCUGCAAUGAUAACAGCAGCUCCUUCAACAUCAAAUUUCAUGGUGGGAGGGAGACGCACAUAGACAACAAGCUUGGUUCAGCCAUCGCCAACCCUUACAUUGUGCUGGCCGCUACAGUGGCUGCUGGACUGGACGGCAUCACACGGAACCUGAACAUUGAGAGUGCUCUGAGCAAAGCCCCAUGUCAGCAAAAGGAAUUUGCAAUUCCUGUGAAGCUUGACGACGCUCUAGAGGCACUGGGGGAUGAUCACAGGAUUUGCAGCAUGCUCGGAGAGCCUUUUGUUCAGUAUUUCAUCGCCAUGAAAAAGUAUGAGAUUGAGACCCAAGAGCUGGAUGAUGAGAGGAACAAAUGCCUGGAGUAUUUCAUCUAGAACAGCCACUCCCAAACUGAAGAGUGCCGGGGCCCAGUUUGAAAUCUGAAAACCCUCUGAGGUCCAAACCUUAAAUCAACUCUGAUCAACACACAAGACUAGGAUCGACGAUUCCCAUAUAUAUAUUAUUGUUUUACAGUAUGUGAAUUCAGUAAUUCAGUGCAGAUUAAUAAUAAAUCAACCCACUUCAGUUUAUUUCUGAACUUGCAUAUCUUUCAACACAUGCAUGUGGUUAUUACAGCUGGGCUCCAUGUCAUAUUUGAGAGGUUUUUACUAAUUUAUCCAUCAACAUAAAUAACAAUUUCUGAUUAAAAUUUGCAAAUGUAUUUUGAGUAGAAAUAGUGAAAUGUUAGGCCUGUAUGCUGACUGGCUGACACUGGAUAAAUGUCACUAUAUUAAACCCAACAACAUCAUGAAGAAGACUUUAACAGGCAGAAAAGAUCAGUUGAAAUAUGUCAUUCAACUUUCAUAGAAAAAUAACACAAUUAUUUCUUAAAAUCUGUCUCUCAUUAUUUCUUAUUUAUUUAUAUUUAAUAAAACAUAAAUACUGCAGGUACUGCAGGUGGACCUUUCACGGCCCACUUGCAGUACCGCCUUGGCCCACCAGGGGGCGGUGGCCCACACUAUGGGAAUUGCUGAUCUAGAAAGCUUGUUGUUGCUAUACUGUAGCUUGUUGAAACACAGUUUCUCCUUUGACACAAAUAAAAUGAAGAGAAACACUGCUUACAUA